AUGAGUGAUCUCAGAAGAUGUUUAGAUGAUAGCAAUUUGUAUUUCACCAAUAUAAUCUCGAAGAAUGGUAGAAAUGAGGUACAGAUAUUCCCUAUAAAUAAAAAGGCAUCGGAAUCAAUCAUAUUGGAUUCAUUAAUUGUCAAAAUCGAAUUACAGGCAGAUGAAAUCGUUACAUCAUGUUGUUGGAUAAACAAUUCUGGAAUAAAUAAUUCUGAAAGAGCAAAGAAAAGAGGUAAAAGAAGACAAUCAUCAUCAGAGUCUGAUUUAGAUGAAGCUACAUCAGAUAAUAAGAAUUUAGCAGUUGCCUUAGAAAAUGGUGAUAUAUUGAUCUUAUCACCACUCCACAAUGACAUUAUCGAUAGAAUAUCCUACGGGCAUAAGAUCAUCAGUUUGACUCCCUCAUUAAUUCAUGACUCGGUCUGGGGGGUUUUAGAAGAAAGUAGGUCAAUAGUUGAGAUUUCUUUGGCACAAAGUAAAGAGGUGAAGAAUUUUAAAUUUAAGGAAGAUGAACAAAUACAAUCAGCAAAAACUAUUAGGCAGACAGGUGGGUCUUCUAGAUCUCAACACAUAUUAAUAGGAUCCAAUAAUUUAUACUUAGUUGACCCAUCAAAACCUAAAAAGUCAUUGUUGACUACGUUCCCACAAAUUUCUGAAGCUUCCCCUAUUAGUAUUAUUGAACAAUCACGUCUCAAAGAAAACUUGGUAGUUGUGGUAAGAGAAAACGAGAAUCAGAUUUAUUUGUACAAUACUUCAGAUUCUGCCAAAUUUAGUACUUUUAAAACUUCUACAAGUCAAAUAUAUGGUGUACAAUUAAUUGCAAAUACUGAUAUGACUGAAGAACUUUUAAUGGCAGUCACAUCAGAAGGUGUUGAAGUAUUCAAAAUUGAUUUCGAUUCGAAUCACCAAGAACAAAUCCCAACCUGCUUAAUUAAGACAAAUUUUCAUGAUUCGAUAGACAAUAUAAUUUUCAUGGAUGUCUUUUUAAGAGAAAAACAGAGUUUAAUUGGAGUUUGGUAUAAUGGUAAUGAGCCUAAGUUCGAGAAUAUUAAUUGGAAUUUCAACUCAGCGGGUGAAAUACAAGUUUCCAUUGAUUAUAACGAGAAAGUCAAUGGCGUGGUUGAUAAUAGAAUAGAUGAUAUUGAAUUUCCUGAGACCACUAAAAUAAAUAACCUUGCGGUUAAUAAAUUGUAUAAAGACUUGGUUAAGUUAUUGAACGUUUCAAAGAAAACCACAGAAGAAAAGAUUAUUAGAUUAUGUUCAUCUAACAACAAUGAUGAUAACAUCAAAGAAACGAUUAAGCUUUUUUCUACAUCUGAGUCUUCAUCAGCUUUGAUUACAAAAUUAUUUGAGAUUAUCAGCAAAGAGGUCGCAUCGCAACCCUCUAAAAAUUCUGCGUUGUCUGUUUGGUUGAAAUGGCUUUUGCUAGUACAUGGUGGAUUUAUUGCCAAACAACCAGAUCAGCACGACAACCUUAAAACAUUGCAAACAGGAUUAACUGAAGGCAUGAAAUUAAUGCCUCGAUUAUUAGGAUUGCAAGGUAGAUUACAAUUAUUGAAAUCUCAAACACAAUUGAGAGAUAAUCUUAAUAACAUGAGUAUCGAAUCUGAUGACGAAGAAGAUAAAGAACUGACCGAUAUUAUGGUUAAUAAUGAUGACUCAGAAAAUAUCACUAUUGCAAAUGGUGAGAGUGAUGAUUUUGAAGAAGCUGAUGUAGCCUCAUUUGCUAUUGAUGCGGAAGCUGAUGACGAAGACGAAGACAAAGACGAAGAAGAAGCAGAGGAAGAAGACUAA